AUGGCCUCGAAUUCACACACCUUCUCGACAUUAACCUUCUACUCUAUAUUAGGUGUAGCUUUAUUACUCUGUGCAGUCGCAGUGGGAUCCAUUCUCAGGGCCUGGGAAAUGCUGACACUAGUAUCACCCGCAUCACCGUCAUUUGUAUCCGUGCAUCAAACUGCCGCAUCGAAACCCUUGUCGGGCCCUAUUGCAAUAAACUUUUCGCGCAAUUCAUCUCCCAGUAGAACAAUCAAGAAUCAGCUUUCUGCGAAUUCGAUUUCUAUGGCAUCUGCUGCGACUGUUGAAACUGCUACAGCUCCUAAAUGGGCUCAGAAGACUGUAACUAUUCCUGCCCAGAGACGAGGCUGCCAUCUCAUUACUUCCAAGAUUCUGAAGGAAAUUGGGCAAGAUUUAUCAGAGUUCAAAUGUGGCCUUGCUCAUUUUUUUCUGCACCACACAAGUGCUUCUUUGACUAUAAAUGAAAAUUAUGACUCGGAUGUCAGGGCUGAUACUGAGACAUUUUUGAACAGAGUAGUUCCAGAGGGAAUGUCUGCACCAUGGAAACAUACACUGGAAGGUCCAGAUGACAUGCCAGCACACAUCAAAUCAUCUAUGUUUGGCUGCUCCCUCACGAUACCUAUCACCAAUGGAAAACUGAACAUGGGAACUUGGCAGGGAAUAUGGCUAUGUGAACACCGAGAUGCAGCUACUCCACGUAAAGUGGUGAUCACCCUUAAUGGAAUAUAA